CCUGAAGGUGUGCUGGUGAAAUCUGGAAAGAUUAUAACACUUGACCCUGCUAACGGUGUGGAUGGUAAUCAACAGGAAAUAAUCAACAGUGAAAUCCCCCUGAAAGAUUUGGUUCCAAACACACCUAUGAGCACAAUAAUCUAUGUGAAAGGAGGAGGGCAGAUAAGUGCGCUUUUGGAGAACACCAUUAGGGGGAACUAUGUGGGUAAUCUGAUCAAACAGCCCUCAGGCUCUGCAGAGGAGAACAUGAUCAUCAUGACACUGCCUGUCAUUGCAACCACGUAUUUGGACAAAACCAACCAGUGGGAAACUGCGGGCUUGGAAAAACGUAACAAAGCCCUCCAACACAUCCAGACUGGAUUCCAGAACCAGCUUGCCUACCGUAAAGUUGAUGGGUCGUUUGCUGCUAGGGACAGCCACCAAAGUAGCACCUGGCUGACCGCCUAUGUUGCCAAGGUGUUUGCUAUGGCCAACAGUCUGGUGGCACUACAAAGCAACGUCAUCUGUGACGCUGUCAAGUUUCUGAUUGUCAACGCACAGCAACCUGACGGCAUGUUUAGAGAAGUUGGAACGGUGUCCCACAUAGAGAUGACUGGGGAUGUGCUCGGCACGGAUUCAGAUGCCUCGAUGACGGCCUUCUGUCUCAUUGCCAUGCAGGAGUCACGCAUACUAUGUGCUGCCACUGUUGCU